CCUCUUAUACGGAGUAUAUAUAUUCUUCUUCAUAAUUAAUUACUCCACUUAAGCUUCAUUAAACUCCAUUAAUGGCGGCUGGUCAUCAGCUCCUCUACCUGUGUUAGUGAUGAUGAAUUUCAUGAUAAUAACAAUAAUAAUAACGUUAUUUAUUUUGGUGCAAGUUCCAGCUGGAGAUUGUUUUGUUCAGUCCCGAGCCACUUACUAUCCUAACUCUGAUGACAGAGGCACAGAAAUUGGGAGUUGUGGGUAUGGAGCGUUUGGAGCCACAAUCAACGGCGGGGAUGUAACGGCGGCGUCAAAUCUCUACCGCGACGGCGUCGGAUGCGGCGCAUGCUACCAGGUGAGGUGCACCGACGCCGCGUACUGUUCCGACAAAGGAGUGACGGCCGUUAUAACGGACAGCGGAGCGAGCGACCGGACGGACUUCAUUUUAAGCCGCGGAGCCUUUGGCCGAAUGGCUAACACAAAAUGGUCCGCUCAAUGUCUAUUGUCACAAGGUGUUGUUGAUAUUCAAUAUCAAAGGGUUCCUUGCAGCUAUCCAAACAAAAACAUGACAUUCAAGAUACAUGAGAAAAGCAUCAAUCCUCAUUACUUGGCUUUUGCAAUAUGGUACCAACAAGGACUAAAGGAUAUUACUGCACUCCUAAUAUGUGAGAUUCAAAACUUCAAGUGCAAGUUGAUGGAUAGGGCAUAUGGGGCGGUGUGGGCAACCACAUCACCCCCAUGCGGGCCUUUGCAAAUUAGGAUGCUUUUGAGUGGCAAUGAUGAAGAUGCAGAGGAGACAUGGGUAGUCGCUCUCAACAACAUUCCAGAAAACUGGAAAGCAGGUGAAGAAUAUGAUUCAGGAAUACAGAUUAAUUAAUGCAUGAAUAACAUACACCUGGUAAUCUAUGUAUGUACACUUGUAUGUAUAUAUGUCUCUCUGAAUAAGGUUAUAGCUAGUUCAAUUCACUAUAAGAUUAUCUAUUUGUGUAAUGGGAUUUAUGAAUUGUUAGUGUUUACAUGGAUUGACGGCAUGUUUACAUUGUUGUGUUAUUGAUUGUUUUCUUUGUAAUAGUGUAAUACAGAGUAAUUGAUAAUGGAAGAUAUGAUUGUUGUAAAGUACUCUCCGGGAAUCAAUGUCAUGAGAUGAG